GGGGCGAGGCCUGGGCUGCACACCGCGCCCAUUGGCGGAGCCUGGCCGGUCAUUUCGAGGCCUCGGCUAGCCUGGCCGGUCUUCCUGCGGGAGCGACAUGGAGGCAUCGACCAAGGCUGCGCCUGCCAGGCUAGCGAUUCUCCUUCGACACCUCCGCCCGGCCGAUCCCGCCGCCCGGUCUCUCACAGCAUUUCCUACUUCAGCCCAAGUUUCAUCUGUGAAACACCCAGCACAGUUUCGCUAUACCUUGGAUAAUAACCUUUUAACCCCAGUGCAACGAGAUUUCUAUGAGAAGAAUGGUUAUCUAGUCAUAAAAAAUCUGGUCUCGGAUGAGGACAUUCAGCGUUUUAGAGAUGAGUUUGCACGAAUCUGCAGAAAAGAAGUGAAGGUGCCGGGCCUCACUGUUAUGAGAGAUAUCUCAAUUGCCAAGUCAGAGUUUGUUGCUGAUGAGAAAGCAGUUACGAAAGUACAAGACUUUCAAGAUGACGAAGAACUCUUUAGAUAUUGCACCUUGCCUCAGAUAAUAAAAUACGUUGAAUGCUUUACUGGACCGAACAUCUUGGCUAUGCACACCAUGUUGAUAAAUAAGCCUCCAGAUCCUGGGAAGAAGUCCUCCCGGCACCCCAUGCAUCAGGAUUUGCAUUAUUUCCCCUUCCGACCCGCAGAGCUCAUUGUUUGUGCCUGGACUGCCAUGGAAAGAAUUGACCGCAGCAAUGGGUGCCUAGUUGUGUUGCCAGGAACUCAUAAAGGGCCUCUAAAGCAGCAUGAUUACCCAGACUGGGAGGGUGGAGUGAACAAAAUGUACCAUGGUGUGCGUGAUUUUGAUAAAAACACCCCGAGGGUCCACCUUACUAUGGAAGGAGGAGACACGGUGUUCUUCCAUCCCUUACUGAUCCAUGGCUCUGGCAUGAACAAGACAGAAGGGUUUCGAAAGGCAAUCUCUUGUCACUAUGCCAGUGGUGAUUGCUACUAUAUUGAUGUGAAAGGUACUAGUCAAGAGAACAUUGAAAAAGAAGUGGAAGAAAUUGCAAGAACCAAGUAUGGAGUAGAUUCCGUCACCCUGAAGGAUGCUUGGAGCAUUCGAAGCCGUCUUGUGAAAGGAGAGAGAAGAAAUCUUUAAAUCAUUCUCCAGGCGUCAAGCCUUUGAACAAAAUCCUGUACUAUUUGAGAGAACCCAUGAUCCCUGCUGGAAUGCAUUUAGAACUUUCUCCUUGCUGAUUUAGCAAACACAGUGUGGUGAAAAAAAGGCUGCAGUCUUAGGCCCACCACCUUGGGAGGAAACAAGCAACAUGUUCAAGAUCAUGCCUUCAGUGAUUGAAGUAUUUUAAUUUCUCUUGGUGUACUUAAGGAAGGUUCAACUUUUUAAAACACAGGAUGUUUAUAUAAAAUCUUUUUAAAAUUAGCGUGUUUAAAUGAGAACCCAUAUGUAUAUCUAGAUGCAAUUUUGCGAGAUUUAUUUUAAUUGCAAAUUUCAUCUGCCUACUGAUUUUAAGCCUAAGAAAAGAUCAGAUUUAUUUUUCGUUUUUGCACAGAGUGAUUGAUUUCGUUAGCAUUGCAAUUGCUGUUUUGCUUCCUUUGUUACGAUUUUAUGUUUAAAAACAAAAACGAAACGUUUGCCAUACUCAAUCAAGUGCUAUGUAGUAAGGGCACAUUUAGUUCCUGCAUUUUUUAGAGGGCCAAGUAACACAUUACGAUAAGGAGAGAGAACGACAGCACUGAUGUGUGAGAACCUGUAGUGCAGAAAUAUUUGCUGUGCGUACUUGGGCACACAGAAGCACAGUGCUCUCACUGUUCUUGCAAGGGAAACACCCAGCCUGCUUUUAGUCUGGCAUGCUAGUCAUUCCAGGUGCUGCUUCUGUAUUUAAAGAAUUGGGAUAGGCUCCUAAGAUAAUUCUUAGCCUGUAUGUAGCACUUCUGAAGUACUUCUCAGUAUUAGAGCACUUGGAUAUAUCAGAUGCCUAUCUAUUGCGCAGUGGUAGCAGGUAUUUCAAGAAAACAGGGAAAGGAGGCCAGGUGAGAGAAACAGGGGUAGGUGGCUGCUCCCCAAAUUAUUGUUAGCCAGAGUUAUUUUGAAGAUAUGACGUCACAACCACUUUUCCUAGCCAUGCCAUAGUGGAGCACUUUUUUAUAUGCGUGUUCAGCACAAGUUCGUUCUUUCACUAGGACCUCAGCCCCGCCUGGCUCAGCAUGGGAGAAGAGUAUCCAGACGUAUAUCGAACCCAUCAACAGAAGUCACUGACAUGAGAUUACUUGCUUAAGGUCUCUAUUGCAUUUGAACCCAAAGUUAGGAUUCAGUUCUAACACCAAUGAAGACACAAUAUUGUAUUUUGAGAUACUAGUUUUAAUCAGCCUUUCAAAUUUGAUUUCAGGCCUCAGACCCACAAAAAUAUGUUUUAUCUGAAGACAACUAGGAAAUCAGGAGUUUUGUAUCAUUCAUCAUUUCAGUUAUCUCUGCUAAUUAUUAAAAAUUCCAUCAUUUACAAAAA